GCAUUCGACUGUACCACAUGAACCACUUUCCCCACCCUUAAAUCUCCCACACCCCCAAACACACCAGCACUAAAGAUCUCACAGUUUUAGAAAAGGAAAUUAAAGGGGGGAAGUUAACACACAGCACGCGCUAAAAUCCGAGAUGGGAGUGGUGAUAAUCGACGGCUCCACAGUCCGGUCCUUCGUCGACGACGAGGUCCAGUUCCAGAAAAGUGCCGACGAGGCGUUCGCGUCGCUCGACCUCAACAACGACGGCGUUUUAUCCAGGUCGGAGCUCCGGCGGGCGUUCGAGUCGCUGAGGCUGAUCGAGACCCACUUCGGAGUGGACGUGGCGACGCCGCCGGAGGAGCUGACGAAGCUGUACGACUCAAUAUUCGAGAAAUUCGACUGCGACCACAGCGGGACGGUGGAUCAGAAGGAGUUCAGGGAUGAGCUGAAGAACAUACUGCUGGCUAUAGCGGAUGGGCUGGGGUCCAGCCCCAUCCAGAUGGCUUUGGAAGACGACGACCAGAGUUUCCUGAAGAAGGCUGCUGAUCUCGAGGCUUCAAAGCUUUCUGCUUGAUCCUAUACAUGGAUACAUCCUGCGGCGAGGGUUUUAAUUUGUUGUAAUAAAAGUAAUUAGUUUUGGUAAUAAUCCAUCCUUCUCACGUGUUUUUAGUUUUUAGGUUUCGGAUUGGAAUUACUAGUGUAUUUUGCCAGCAGUUGCCAUAUUUGCCUUUGUCAUUAAAUAAAUAUAAAACAAAGCGUUUUUGGAUGAAGA